AGUACUGUAGGGUUCUGACGCAGUAUGGAGAACCGGACCCUUUUACUUGUGCUGUUCUGGUCACUGGGUUUUGCGUCCUCCUCUGGAGAGGACAUGAAGAAGGACGUGGACCUGGUGAGCCUCCUGAGAACGGUCCAGCGCGGGCUGCUACGGGACGAGCCGUUCGUCAACGACCGACGGUUUGAGAUGAACUCCAUAAGGGAGUGGAGCCCCCUGGAGGUGGGUCGGGACACCACCAGAGCUCCUGGACCUUUGGUUCUGACCAAAGACGGUCAGAUCCAGGGGACGACUGUGGACAGAGCCCAUGUCUUCUAUGGGGUACCGUACGCAGACCCCCCCACUGGGGCCUACCGAUGGAAGCCCCCCAGACCGGUGACUCCCUGGCCUCAUGUCUACGACGCGUCCUUCCCUCGGGCGGCGUGUAUGCAGGCCUGCACCGGACCGGCCAGAGACGAAUGUCCUCAGAAAGUCAGUGAGGACUGUCUCUACCUGAACGUCUUCGUCCCCCUGGACGUGGACUUCCGCUCUCCGCUGCAGAGACCGCUGCCGGUGCUGCUGUGGGUCCACGGAGGAGACUUCAUCGCAGGCUCUGCCUCCAAACCUCUGUACGACGGACGCUUCGUCAGUAACCUCACGCACACUGUGGUGGUGAGCGUGGAGUACCGACUCGGGGCCUUUGGAUUCCUGGUGUCGGGCAGGGAGCCUCACUCCUCGGCCACAGGGAAUUAUGGGAUCUUGGAUCAACAGGCAGCUUUUCUUUGGGUCCAGAGAAACAUUGCUUUAUUUGGAGGGAAUCCCAGCAAGGUGACCAUAUUUGGAGAAAGUGCCGGAGCCCAGUCCGUGGGCGUCCACCUGACGGUCCAGAGCAGCGGGCCGCUGUUCCAGCGAGCCGUCCUGCAGAGUCUGCCCUUCUCCAUCCCCCUGAAGACCAGACACGACGCCUUAAAGCUGGGAAAGGACUUCGCUGAACAGACCAACUGCUCCGUGAGCGACUUCGUCUGCCUGCUGUCGCUGCCAGAGCAGGACGUCCUCACGGCCCAGAUGAAGACAAGUUCUAAGAUCGUGAACCCGUUCAGGUUCCUGGAACUCUUUGAGACGUGGGGGCCACACGUGGACGGAGAGCUGAUCAAAGAACAGACGCUCACAGCUUUUCACAAGGGCCACUGGCAGAAGGAGAAGCCGCUGCUGUUGGGAACCACCUCUGAAGAAGGCGUCAUCUUCGUGUACGGCGUCUUCACCAAACCGGUGUCUGUGGUGGAGGCCACCGUCUACAUCACCGCCAUCUUCAAACAGCACACGCUGAGGGUCCUGCACCGGUACCUGCCGCUGUACAGGGGCGCUGACCGCAGGGAGAUGCUGGCUCAGAUCGUCACCGACUACGUCUUCCUGUGUCCAUCUCGGAGGUCGGCACGCGCCGGCGUGGCAGCGGGCACCAACGUGUGGAUGUACAUAUUUGACCACGCACCAUCGGACCAGCGUGUGUGGUCGGGCCUGACCUUCUGUUACCAGCGGGCGUGUCACGGUGCGGAGCUGCCCCUCCUCUUCGGCUCGGCCGCCGUCGCUAACUUCACCCUGUCGCCACCAGAACGGCUGCUGUCCAAUCGGAUGAUGUGCCACUGGGGGGCGUUCGCCCACGCCGGUGACCCCAACCCACCAGCACCACAGACGGCCUCCUGCCGACAGCAGCGUCCGCCCGCGUGGCCGCCGUACUCUGACACCAGUGGUUGGCUGGUGAUGAACCUGACCACGCACUCACACGCACAGGUGGGAACCAGGAGCCACGUGUGCGACUUCUGGGACCAGUUGGGGGUCUAUUACUGAGGACCAGGUGGUCUUCACCGCUGGGCCGCCUGUCAGCCAUGUCAGUGUCCUGUAGGUGGCGUACUUCACGUCACAUGUAACAAAUAAACAAUACACUUG